AUGGUGGUUGGAAUCGGUAGCCACGGUUUGUCGAAAGCCUACGUUCUGGUGGCUGUUUUGAGUCAAGUGUUCGGUGUAAAGGCAGACACAAGAAAAUGCUGGAAAGAUACACCGUGCGACAGUCGCUUUGAUGAGACGGCGUUUCCUGGACCGUGGGAGGACAGUAUUCUCGCCGCGGCAACACGCACAAUCACUCCAAGGUCGGUCGUCGAGACACUGACAAAAACAGUGAACGGUGACCUAAUACCGACUUCGCGUGCACCUUACGACCCGACCAAGGUGCCUCUCGUACUCGCCGGCAAUGGCUCACAGGUUGUCUUUGAUUUCGGGCAAGAGGUCGGUGGUCUGGUGACGUUGAUAUACACCGUUAGCAGAAAUGACGAAAUACAUAUUGGGGGUGACGACGACGACGACGACGACGACGACGCGGAGAACCGGGAUCACAGUACGCGCGACGCACCGACAUCACGCAAAGCACGCAUCGGCCUUGCAUUUUCCGAGUCGAGCGACUUCAUCGGCCAGUGGUCCGACGCCUCAAACGGCGCAUUUCAAGGGCCCGAUGGUGCUAUUUAUGCCGAAAUUGAUGAACCUGGCGAGACCACUUACACCAUGCCAGACGCCUCACUCCGGGGCGGAUUCCGGUACCUCACCGUGUUUCUCGAGGCCGACGGUGACGGCAACGCCGGCCUUGUGGCUGCUCUCCACAACGUCACGCUUGACAUCGCAUUCCAACCCACCUGGCCCAACCUGCGCGCCUACCAGGGCUAUUUUGACUGUGACGACCCGCUUCUCAACCGCAUUUGGUAUGCCGGCGCGUACACGCUGCAGACCAACGCCGUGCCGCCGACGACGGGACGUCAUGUGCCCUUUUUGAAAACAGGCUGGGCCAACGACGGCUUGUUGGGACCUGGUCAUACCAUCUUGGUGGACGGCGCCAAGAGAGACCGCGCUGUGUGGCCCGGCGACAUGGGCGUGGCGGUGCCGUCACUGUUUGUGAGCACUGGCGAUAUGGAGAGCGUCAAGAAUGCGCUACAAACCAUGUAUGACAAUCAGAAUCCCGACGGCUCGUUCCCUGAGGCCGGCCCGCCACUGUUGCAACAAGGAAGCGAUACGUACCAUAUGUGGACCAUGAUCGGGACGUACAAUUAUGUUUUGUACACCAACGACACGACUUUUCUGGCACGUAACUGGGCAGGCUAUCAGCGGGCUAUGUCGUUUAUCACGGCGAAGCAGGUCCAGGUUGACAGCAAACGGGGGUUGCUGAAUGCCACUGGCGUGCGUGACUGGGCCCGACUCAACGUCGGCGGCAACAUGACGGAGGCGCAAGUAAUUCUGUACCAGACGCUGACGACGGGCACACAGCUGGGAACUUGGCUGGGGACGAAUGCAACUGGGAACACGAGCACUGUCUGGGCAGCCGCCGCUGAGCAUCUUCGAAACAUAACUCUGGCUACCUGCUACGACCCACAGGUCGGCCUUUUCCGCGACAAUGCUUUACCCUCCUCGAAAAUUUAUCCACAGGAUGCCAAUGCGCUGGCCCUUGCGUUCGGUAUGACCAGCAGCAGUGUCACGGCCGUUUCCUACGACGUGGACACAUUCUCGGUGAACAUUUCCGACAACCUUGUCCGCAACUGGCAAUCUGCUGCCAAUCCGUAUCCCGUUACGCCCGAGCUUCCUGGUCAUGUAUCGCCGUUUAUCUCAUCAUGGGAGGUUCGCGGUCACUUCCUGGCGCGUGAGACAGACCGCGCCUUAAAACUGGUGCGCUCUGUUUGGGGUGGCUACCUCGAUCGGCUCGACGGCAGCCAGAGUUCUUUAGUCGAGGGUCAUGUGAUAGAUCCUGGAAGCGAGGGACUCUCUUUUGGUUAUCGAUGGAACCGUGGGUACGGCGGCGCACACAAUGACACAGCCGUCGCCGCGAGCUAUACGAGCCACAGCCACGGCUGGUCGGCCGGACCGACAAGUGCACUCACCGAAUUUGUGCUGGGUUUGUCUGUGACGGGCGUUGCAGGAUCGACGUGGCAGUUUGCGCCCCAGAUGGGCGGUCGUGGCAGCGGGACGAAGGGGAUCGGUCGUGCAGAAGGCGGGUUCAUCACGCCGCUGGGAAAGUUCCAGGCGAGUUGGGUGUGCAGCUGUUUCGCCAACGGCACUUGUGAUGAUAUUGGGAAGAGCGACAACUCCUUUGAGGCAACGGUAAACACACCACAGAAUACGUCGGGCGUCAUCAUCCUUCCAAUUGCUGGAAUCGUCGAGAAAGAUGCCAUGAAAAGUGGAGCUGCCGUUAGAGUGGUUUUAAAUAACUUUGUGAUACAAAAUCCUCAGAUAGAAGAUGUGGGAAACAGGGGGAAAGACAAAGCGAGCGUGGCUGUUCUGCACGUUCAAGGGGGAAGUAACACUGUAAAGAUAUCUCGGGUAUUAGAUUAA